AAAAAGUUAAAGUUUCCCUCUUACGUUCGUCUCUCUCAAGUUUCCCUCACUCUCGUCUCUCUCAUUCGCUUUCAUCAUUCUAUGAAAAAUCAUCAUCAAAACAGGUUGUGUGUCUGUGUUUCUGCAGUUUUUUCCACGGAUCCACCAUACUUUGGGGUUGUGUGUCGGUGUUGCUGCAGUUUUUCCCAUGAUUUCAGCUUUUAUAUUAGACGCAAUGCGCAGGCGAGGCGCACAGGCCUUGGCCGGAGCCUAGGCGCAAGGAGCAAAAAAGACUAGGGCUUUUUCAAGAAAGGCGGAGGAAAAAAAUUAAAAAAUAUAUUAUGCUUUGAAAAUAGAUACAAAAACACAAAAAUUGUGCCACAAAUGUCUUUUUAUAUUGUGGCAAAAAGAAGUGCCACUAAAAGUCCAAAAACUUUGUGCGGCAUAUUGAAAAAGUGCCACUAAAAGGCUUUAGCGUUAGCGCUUCUAGUGACACUUGUUUUGUGUGCCGCCCAUUCCUACAAGGGCCUUUAGUGACACCUUUUUUGUGUUUUUGUGUCACUUUUUGUAUGUCAAUAGAUGGCAUUUAUUUGUAGUGGGUGUUCCAUGUUUUCAGCUCAUCCAUUGUGGAUGCAUUGUCUCACUUAUGACUAUUCGCUGGGUGAUUUUGGUGGGAUUACCUGUGUAAACUGUUCAAGAACUUAAUCUUCUUCUGGCACAUCUUCACUUUAAUGCUGAAACAAGGCCUCAAGAUUCGAUAUCACUGUGAUGUGGCAGAUCAGAGACUUGCUCAACAUAUUGACAAAGGAAACGAAGAUGGGUUGCUUAUCAGCAGUGUGGCUUCUUGCUCAAACCUAUGGGCUCUUAUAAUGGAUUCUGGCACUUUAUCACCUCUCAAGUUUACCAACUCCCUCAUUUCUCAACAAGGAUUAGAUUAUGCAACAGCGGGAGAAAUCCUACUAUAUUAGCGUGAUAGCAUGUGCGAACAACGGGAGCUCUUUGGUUAAGGGUACCAAAUACAUUCAGCAGUGUUACAAAGUCAGUGAAUCACUUUCUUUUUAGUGGAUAAAUAAUAAAUGGAGAGAAAGGUUCCAUAUCACUGCUAUGGCAACUGCGAGAACCAGAUGGGCAAAUGUUAUGUCCCAUGGCGCUGGAUUCUCUGACCAGGUUGUGGAACUGGACUUGUUGUAUCCAAGUGAAGGUAUGCAUAAACGAUGGGAUGCCGAGUGUAGGAUAACAUUAACUGCAGCUACAUCAAACCAAGCUACUUUUGUUCUAAGCAUCCGAGAAGAAAACUUGCAGAUGAUACACAUGACACACUUCGCACUUCUGUGUUUCCUAGCAAACAUGUCAAGGGCAAUGGUCGUGUAUGCUUCACGAAGUGGUGCCAACAUUAGGGUUAAACUCAUCUGGAAUAACGCUAGGUAUCCAUGUCAGCCAGAAGGUAUUGAAUGUGGGUCCUAUGUGAUGAAGUUCAUGAAGGAGAUAGCUUAUGGAGGAGUUGAAAUACUUGACAAUGAUAAUGUUGGGAAAGGAGUAGAAGAAUACUCGGCUGCGGAUAUGGAUGACAUUCGUGAAGAUUGGUCGACUUAUGCAGUUAACUCUAUUUUUAAGUUAUAAAUCGUAUUCUAGGUGUUGAUAAUGUAUUGACAAACAAUUCUUUUUUUGUUAAUGUUAAAAUAUUUGUAGUAUACUUGACAAAUGAUUAUGUAAUAGAUUGUUUUGGUAUAUAUAUA